AUGUCAUUCCCUCUGCAACUCCCAGAAGCAUUUGCGCAGAUCCCGCGCUACAAGAUUCUAUACCCAAACCCAUCCCCUAUCCACCCUCUACCCUCAGUUGCACUCCCAAGACUCUCCCCGCACCACCCCCUCAUCUCCAUCCACGCCAAACGAGAGGACCAUUCCUCCCCGCUAGCCUGUGCAGGCAACAAAUACCGCAAACUAGAAUACAUAGUUCCAGACAUUCUUUCUCAAGAUCCUCUAUAUCACAGCCAUGAGAACAACCCAUCCCCAACCCCGCUUCACGGCGCAGCAACAACCCUCGUGACAGAGGGCGCAAUCCAAAGCAACCAUACCGUGCAAGUCGCUGCUCUCGCGCGUAAACUCGGCCUCAAAGCUCUCAUCCUCCUCCACCGUGGUACAGGCGGUGGUCUGGCUGCAGCUAGCGACAAAGAAGCCUUCCAGCGCAGCGGGAACGUGCAGGUAAAUCACCUCCUCGGUGCCGAGGUACGAGUUUGUGAAGAAGGCGACCCACUAGCACAAGACGCAACACCUCUCCUCGAUGAAUUGAGGGCUUCUGGACAGAAUCCCUAUUGGAUUCCCGGUGGUGCAAGUUUGCAUCCACUCGGCGGGUUGGGGUACGCGCGAGCAGCCUUUGAGAUUGCUGUGCAGGAAGAGGCCAUGGAACUUGGGGGCUCGGGGAGAUUUGAUUAUGUUUUUGUUGCGUGUGGGAGUGGAAGUACGGUUGGGGGUUUGAUAGCUGGGUUCAAGCUGCUGGACAAGAUUCGGGGAUCUGAUGCAUCAAGCACAGCUAAGAGACCCAGGAAGAUCGUUGGAAUCCUUAAUUCGCCAACUAAACCUUGCGCUUAUCAUGAGAAAAGGGUGUUUGCUUUCGCACGGAGGGCUGGGGAGUUGAUUGGGCUGGAUGCCGAGCGGGAUAUUGGAAUGGAUGAUGUGUACCUUGAUGAUCGGUUCGUUGGCACUGCGUACGGCGUUCUUGAUGCCGAAAGCAAAGAGGCUCUGGAGACCAUGGCGCAGACAGAAGGCAUGGUUCUAGACCCGGUUUAUACGGCUAAGGUUGCGAGAGGCAUGAUGCAUUGGGUGAAUGAGGGAGAAGUAGUGGACUCCGCUCAGCCAUCGGAUGUGGUUAAUGUGUUAUUUAUUCAUACAGGUGGACAAGCAGCGUUGGGAGCUUAUGUGGAUGUCAAAUAA